CUACCACCUACACCUUCACUACUUCAACCUCACCACCGCCAUCUCGCCACUGUCAAAAUCGACGCCGAAAUACACCUACACACCUCUACCUCUCUCUACCUCCGCCUCCGCCUCCACCUCCACCCUCCACCUCCGCCCCCAAUAAUCAUGUCGUACUAUUACGAUGAGACCGACCCUUUGGCCAUGUAUCGCGCCGGCAUGAUGCGCGCGGGCGGACGUCCACGCAAAUUUGACGAGUACUACCGUUGCUAUCCCAUCGCCAUGAUGCCCGGACCAGAGCGCGAGUCUGCAAACCACGGCGGCAAGAUCUUCCUCCCUGCUUCCGCCCUCGACAAGCUCACCCAACUGCACAUCGAAUAUCCCAUGCUGUUCGAGCUCAUUAACGGCACAAAAAGCACGAGCUCACACGCCGGUGUGCUCGAGUUUACCGCGGAAGAAGGCAGAUGCUAUCUACCCUUCUGGAUGAUGCAGACGCUAGCGCUGGAACCGGGUGAUUUGAUCCAGACGAAGAGUACCAGUCUGCCGCCUGGGAGAUUCAUCAAGCUACAGCCACAAACUACGAACUUUCUUGACAUCUCAGAUCCAAAGGCCGUGUUGGAACAGGCGUUCAGAGGGUUUGCGUGCAUGAGCAAGGGUGACAUCUUCACAUUCAGCUACAAUGACACCGUAUACGAGAUCGCGGUAUUGGAGGUCAAGCCAGAAGGCGAAAAGAGCGCAAUCAGUGUGCAAGAGACAGAUCUGGAGGUUGACUUCGCGCCACCGAUCGGGUACGAAGAGCCAAAGAGAAGUGGGACAAGCACGCCCCGCAGCGGCAACUCGAAGUUGGGCGGCAUGGGCGGCGGAAUGCACAUCGAAGGCAGCAUGGCACAGGCCAUCAACUACAGCGCGAUCAAGCCCGACUCGGAUCAGGCUGCUAAGGGACACGACAACGCCUCCUCGCACUUUUCUGGAGCUGGACAGAGACUUGUUGCGAAGAAGGGUAAGACAGCAGCGAAUGCGACACCGCGAUCCACGUCGGGAUCGAGCACGCCCAUAUCGAAUGCUGGCGGAUCAUCUGUGACUAUCCCGGGAAUGGUUGCCAAGAGUACGAAGAGACGUAAUGGACCCCAACCGCUCAGACUUCCGCCGGGUAAACUUUUCUUUGGGUAUGAUAUCAAGCCACUCAAGAACAAGGAAGAACAGUCGAAAGAGGAACAAAGCAAGAAGGUCAACUUCGAGGGGCAGGGCAAUACACUUCGUAAGAAGAAGUAGUAGUAGUGGUAGUAGGAUCCCUCUGCCUUUUUCGAAGGAUGACUUUCAUGUCAACUCAGAGCACCAUCUGCUGCUGCUGCUGCUUCUGGGUAGCUACCAGCAUUCAGGCGCCUAGCAGCGCAUGAAUUUUCACGAUUUUUGGCAACUUGCGAGUGCAUCCAUCUAGCGAGGCGUUUUGGGGAAGACGGUCGACCCAGGCAUGGGGAGAAAAAUAAUGCAAUUUGUGUGAUGGAUGUGUGGUAGGAGGUAUG